AUGGUUACGUCAACCAAAUCCAAUCGAUCCCGCACACCAAGGAAGCCCGCUUCCAACUUCUCAAAAAAGCCCGUCAAGGCCAACCAGAGCAUCCUCAGCUUCUUCAAAAAGGAAGGGAAGCAGGAGACGUCGCUUUUCUUGGGUGCAGCGCCGCAAACUGUCGAUGAUGAAGACAUUUACACUGCCGACGACACGGCUCGAUACAACGAGGAUGAAUCGCCCAGCAAGAGAAGGAAGCUAAGCGAAGAACCCGAAAAUGCAACAAAGAAGGAAUCAAUUAUAAAAACUGAGACGGCGGUCACCGUGAAUCAACCCUCGUCGCCUCCCAAGGCAGACAAUGCCUCACGGCCAAAGCAACCCAAGCCCAAAAUCAAGACCCCUUUCGUGAUGGACUCGGAUAGCGAGGACGAAGGCGAGGACGAACCCGAGACAAAAACCGCCAACAAGGAAACUAAAGAGACUGGCCAAUGUACAAAGCUACCCCCAAAUCACGAGGUCCAAAUGGACGGUUUUGCUAAGGACGACAACAAGGACGCAGAAAGCAGGACCCCCACGUUGAAACAGGACGACUCGACAUACGAACAAUUCGACCACCUCCAGGACGUCGCCGAUGAAGACUUACUCGAAUUAGACGACCUCGAAGGUGAAGAGACACGUGAGAUGCGGUUCAUGAGGGAGCAAGCCCGGCUCGAGGCUGAAGAAGCCGGGGGCGUUGAGCAUGAAGACUUUGCAGAUGACACCCUCGAUGAUGGUUCCAUGAUAGAGAGUUGUCCCAUUUGCAACGGGAGUCUAGCCGGCAUCUCCACGGAUGAAGCAACUCGACAUGUCAACUCUUGCCUCGACGGAAAUCCGAUCCCCUUAUCAAACAAGCAGAACCAAGCCCCGACAAAGCCACCCGAGCCCUCCAAGACAGAGUCGACUGAGGUCAUUAAAAGGUUUGAGCGGGCUGCUAUUCCUAGGCCCGGCCAAGCCAAUCCUUUCAAGAUGAAUCCCUCAGGCUCCGCACCUAAAUCAGCAUUUGCAAAGCUCAUGUCAAACAAUGCUGAGGAUUCGGCGUGGGCAGAAGCCGCUGCUGCUGAACACUCUUCUCGAGGGAAGCAGGCUUAUGAGAGGACGUGCCCCUUUUACAAGAUCAUGCCUGGCUUCUCCAUCUGCGUUGAUGCCUUUCGUUAUGGCGCUGUUGAGGGUUGCAAGGCGUACUUUUUGAGUCACUUUCACAGCGACCACUACAUUGGCCUAACAGCUAAAUGGAGACAUGGGCCUAUAUACUGUAGCAAGGUUACCGGUAGUCUGGUCAAGCAACAACUUCGAACCGCAGAGAAGUGGGUUGUCGAGCUCGAGUUUGAGAAGCCCUACGACAUCCCUGGAACUGAUGGGGCAUCAGUCACCAUGAUACCUGCAAACCACUGCCCAGGGAGCUCCCUGUUCCUCUUUCAGAAGAAUAUGAAGCAUGGGAUAGGUAGUCGAGUUCAGCGCAUCUUGCAUUGUGGAGACUUUCGGGCUUGUCCUGCUCAAGUCCAGCAUCCACUACUCAAACCAGAGAUCGUCGACUCCAUCUCAGGAAAGGUCAAGCAGCAAAAGAUUGACAUCUGCUACUUGGACACGACAUAUCUCAAUCCCCGUUACUCGUUCCCGCCCCAAAACGACGUCAUCAAAGCCUGUGCCGACUUGUGCGGAUCAAUGUCGCCUGACCCUGAUUGCAAAGAUGAUGUAUGGGACAAAGCCAGUGCCCAGGGAACUCAGGGCGUCAGCAAGUUCUUCAAGGGCCCAAAAUCCAACGAAGCAGGGAAAGACGGUGCCAAGAAAGGACCUCGGAAGCGCUUGUUGGUAAUAUGCGGUACCUACUCGAUCGGCAAGGAACGCAUCUGCAUCUCCAUCGCCAAGGCAUUAAAGUCCAAGAUCUUUGCGUCACCCGGAAAGAUCAAGAUAUGCAAGCAACUCGGUGACCCGGAGUUAACGGCUCUCCUGACUUCUGACCCCCUCGAGGCACAGGUUCAUAUGCAGAUGCUAAUGGAGCUACGCGCCGAGACUCUCCAGGAAUAUCUCAACAGCUACAAACCUCACUUCAGUCGCAUCGUGGGCUUCCGUCCCAGUGGCUGGAACUUUCGGCCCGCUGGCAAGGCUAUCGGGGCAAAUACUUCACCUGGAAGCAUCCAGACAGAGCAGAUCCUUCACGGCAAGGGUUGGCGAACCCGUUUUGGAUACAAAGACUUUGUGCCGCAGAGGGGCAGCACCAAGGAGGCCAUGUGCUUUGGCGUGCCAUACUCGGAACACAGCAGUUUCCGGGAGCUGGCCAUGUUUGUCAUGAGUUUGAGGAUUGAAAGGGUGGUCCCAACCGUCAACGUGGGCAGUGAGCAGUCUAGAAAAAGAAUGAAGUGCUGGAUAGAUCGUUGGAUGGCAGAGAGGAGGAGGGGAGGCAUUGUAGUGCCACUCAUUGAGGGUGAAGACGAUGAGAGGAUAUCAGAAAAGGAUUUGUGGGAUGGUAAAUCGGGCAAGGGAGGGGGGGCCUAUUGGUAG